GCGUCGCUCAGUCCCUAGAAUCCCCCCAGGGGGCGCUGGAGAGGAGGCUUAGGAACUAGUAUCUUGCCGGGCUGCUGGGCGCAAGGGUUUCGUCAGAAGGUGGAAAUCUCAGUGAGAAGCUGCCAUCUCCCACCCUCACCCCAUUCCCUUCCUCCUCUCCUUCCUUUCUCACUCCUCUGCUCCCUCCCUCCUUCCCCAGCUCCUUCCUCUUUACUCUGCUAGUUUCCGAGCCUGGCAGCUCCCUUCACGCUGUUCACCUCUUCCCCCGCCCCCAUCCCCAAGAAUGGAGUCGGGGUUUCCAGAGCGACCAAACUCUCCUCCCAGCAUCUUUAUCCUUCUUGGCUGUUGCUAAACUGGCCCCAGCUGACCAAAGAGGGAGGAGGGAAGCCCGACCCUUCUAAGACCUCUUUACAACUACACCAUCCAGGACCUCCACUCCAAAGGCGGAUUUUGUAUCCUGGGGGCGGGACAGACCUGUCCCGGGCUGAAUUCUCUUUCUAGUCUCCGAGGCUGGCACACCCAGAAUGAAGAAGAUGAGCAACAUUUAUGAGUCAGCUGCCAACACGCUGGGAAUCUUUAACAGCCCCUGCCUGACCAAAGUUGAACUGCGUGUGGCGUGCAAAGGGAUUUCUGACAGAGAUGCUCUGUCCAAGCCGGACCCCUGCGUCAUCCUCAAGAUGCAGUCUCACGGGCAGUGGUUUGAGGUGGACAGGACAGAGGUGAUCCGUACCUGCAUAAACCCGGUGUACUCCAAACUGUUUACAGUGGACUUUUACUUUGAAGAGGUUCAGCGUCUCCGGUUUGAAGUCCAUGACAUCAGCAGCAACCACAAUGGGCUGAAGGAGGCUGACUUCCUGGGUGGCAUGGAGUGCACACUUGGCCAGAUUGUGUCCCAGAGAAAGCUUUCCAAGUCCUUGCUGAAACAUGGGAACACGGCGGGGAAGUCCUCCAUUACGGUGAUUGCCGAAGAGUUAUCAGGCAAUGACGACUAUGUGGAGCUUGCCUUCAAUGCACGGAAAUUGGAUGAUAAGGAUUUCUUCAGUAAAUCCGACCCAUUUCUGGAAAUUUUCAGGAUGAAUGAUGACGCAACUCAGCAGCUUGUGCACCGGACGGAGGUUGUGAUGAAUAACUUAAGCCCGGCCUGGAAGUCGUUCAAGGUAUCAGUGAAUUCUCUGUGUAGUGGAGAUCCCGACCGUCGGCUGAAGUGCAUAGUGUGGGAUUGGGACUCCAAUGGCAAGCAUGACUUUAUCGGAGAAUUCACCUCCACCUUCAAGGAGAUGAGAGGAGCCAUGGAAGGGAAACAGGUACAGUGGGAAUGCAUCAACCCCAAAUACAAGGCCAAGAAGAAGAAUUAUAAGAACUCAGGCAUGGUGAUUCUGAAUCAGUGUAAGAUCCACAAGAUGCAUUCCUUCUUGGACUACAUCAUGGGUGGCUGCCAAAUCCAGUUUACAGUAGCUAUAGAUUUCACAGCCUCUAACGGAGACCCCAGGAACAGCUGUUCCCUGCACUAUAUCCACCCAUACCAGCCCAAUGAGUACCUGAAGGCCUUGGUGGCUGUGGGAGAGAUUUGCCAAGAUUACGACAGUGACAAAAUGUUCCCGGCUUUUGGGUUUGGCGCCAGGAUACCCCCAGAGUACACGGUCUCUCAUGACUUUGCAAUCAACUUUAAUGAAGAUAACCCAGAGUGUGCAGGAAUUCAAGGAGUUGUGGAAGCCUAUCAGAGCUGUCUUCCCAAACUCCAGCUUUAUGGCCCCACCAACAUUGCUCCCAUCAUUCAGAAGGUUGCCAAGUCAGCCUCGGAGGAGACCAACACCAAGGAGGCAUCGCAAUACUUCAUCCUGCUGAUCCUGACAGAUGGUGUCAUCACCGACAUGGCGGACACCCGGGAGGCCAUCGUCCACGCCUCGCACCUCCCCAUGUCGGUCAUCAUCGUGGGAGUGGGGAACGCUGACUUCAGUGACAUGCAGAUGCUGGACGGUGACGACGGAAUUCUAAGGUCACCCAAGGGAGAGCCCGUCCUUCGAGACAUCGUCCAGUUUGUGCCCUUCCGGAACUUCAAACACGCGUCGCCAGCUGCCCUUGCAAAGAGUGUGUUGGCUGAAGUCCCAAAUCAAGUCGUGGACUAUUACAACGGAAAAGGGAUUAAACCAAAGUGUUCAUCGGAAAUGUAUGAGUCUUCCCGGACACUGGCACCAUGAACUCCACACUUUUACAGAGUUCGGAAGCACUGUUCGCUAAUAUUUACAACUUUUAUUCCUGUACUUUAAAAGAAAAUAAUGAUAAUAUACAUUUAAAGAUAGCACGUCUCGGUGAUUUUUGACUAAUUGAUAUUUUUUUUUGCAUGUGUAGCCCCAAGGCCUGAUCUGUAUUGUAAAAGACUUUUUACAAUGAAAUACAGUCGUAACAUCCACUUUACAGCAUGUUGCCUUGAAACAAAAUGGUAUACGUAUCCAUUUUUAUACCGGUUUGUUGAAAUUUUGCUAAAUUUCUUAUUAUCUUUACACUGUAAAGCAUUUUGAAACAUUUCUUGAAUGUUGAUAGCCAAAACGUAUUUGGCUUAAUCUCCUAUCUGAUGAGAGACUUUUCAAAAUGGCAGAUGCAUGGACUGUAUUUUGCAUGUUUAAAAUAAUAAUAAAAAAUAAUCUUACACUGGUUUUGCAGUUGUUAUCUAUAGCCCCUCCCUGCUGAGAAUGACCUCUCUACUAAAUAAAUUUACCUACCUAGAAGUAGCCUUUUCAAAGUGGAGCUGGGUCGUUUAGCCCAGUACCCAUGUUUACACACUCCCAUAGACACAAAUUCCCUGAGAAUCUUGUUCUAAUGGAGCUUUUUAACGCCGGGCCUGAGGCUCUGCAUGUCUCACAAGAUCCUCAGUGAUGCUCACGCAUUCCUUGCACCGCACAAGGACCGGUGAGGUUCUGAACUCAAGGCUUUCACAAUAGAAAUCAUCUCAACCAGGGCAGCUCCUAGCCUGCUAGCCAGUGGCACCUCUUCCCUGCUGGUAGCAUAGAGGGCCGGCCCAUCCCAGAGGUGAGAGUAGAAAGCAGUGGGGCUGAUUCCAGAAGCUGCACACCUCACGUCAGUCUCACUGCUUUCCGGUCACACCUCUUCCUCCACCCAGACUGAGGAGCGCUCCUUCUGGCUUGCUCCUGCUUGGCUAAAAGAGGCGCCACAGCCUGCUGCAUGGAUGGUUCCAGUGCCUAGAAAUUAUUUCCCGAGAUUCUUCCUUGGAUCUUGAAUGGAAUCUUGUCCAUGCCAAAUAGCAACGUGGCUCCCCGAAUUUCUGUUCUACUCACUUGGUCUUUGAGAUCACUGUAGGGGCACCUUUUGGCCUCUUUAAUCACUUCUGAGCACAACCCCCAUAAGUGGAAAUGACUGUGUAGGGUCAGGGUGUUUAGUCCGAAUCUACGGUAGUCUUGAACCAAAACAAUGACUUGUUUUUGCUUUUUUGAUCUUCUCUUGGAGAAAUGGACAAUUGUUUUAUAAGCUUCAAAAAGCACAAAGUAAAACUUAGUUUGGGUCAGAAAGAAUGGUGAAGUGUAUCCAUAGCAAAAGAAAUGUUUUGUUCGGGUAGGUUUAGGGGGAGGGCAGUAACAAUUAAUUAAGCAAAUCAAAUGUACAAUUUCCAGAGCUAUAAUUAUAGAUCCUAAUCUUGCAAAUACAUGUCAACCAAAUGCAUAACAUUUUGGGAAUGAUGGUUAAAACAAAUGUAAGACUGAAAAAAGUCAUAAAUGUUUAAAUUGUAUUGUUUUCUGAAUAAAUUGGGUACUUACAGAA